AAUGCGUUGCUCAAUUACCCGCGAGAGAGCAUAUCCAUGGCGACCUCUGCGCUACAUCGACAUGAUCUGCCUUGUGUCCUCGUCGUGAAAAUCCCCAUCGCCAUGGAUGUGCUCGGCGACCGAUUCCUAGCCUCUACCAAGUUCCAAGUCCUCAAGGCCUUCGAAUCGUCGCUUCCUCUUCCCGACUACUUGGCUGUUCACUCUCAGUCUGUCUCCGCCAUUGUUGCUCCUGCUCACUGUCCCGUAACCGCCGAUUUGAUUCGUCUCCUCCCGUCCCUGCGCUUGGUUGUUACCACCAGCGCCGGCCUCGAUCACGUUAACCUCCCCGAGUGCCGCCGUCUCGGCAUCUCCGUCGCCAACGCCGGCACCGUCUUCUCCGAUGAUGUCGCCGACACCGCCGUCGGUCUGCUCAUCGACAUUCUCCGGCGGAUUUCAGCCUCCAACCGUUAUGUUAAGAGAGGGCUUUGGCCAAUCGAAGAGAAUUAUGCCCACGGUUCCAGGUUAGGGGGGAAGCGUGUGAUUGUCGGAUUGGGGAGCAUCGGCUUGGAAGUUGCUAAAAGGCUGGAGCCCUUUGGCUGUCAAAUUUCAUACAGCUCAAGGAGCCAAAAGCAAUCAGUUCAGUAUCCUUUCUACGCAGACGUAGUGGGGCUUGCAGCGAACAACGAUGCUCUUAUAAUCUGCUGUCCAUUGACUGAGCAGACAAGGUGUUUGAUCAAUAAGGAUGUCUUUUCGGCUCUAGGAAAGCAAGGGAUAGUAGUUAACAUUGCACGAGGAGGUGUCAUCGAUGAGAAGGAAAUGGUCCGAUGCUUGUUGGAGGGUGAGAUUGCGGGCGCUGGUCUAGAUGUGUUUGAGAAUGAGCCUAAUGUGCCUAAGGAGCUGUUUGAAUUGGAUAAUGUCGUGAUGUCGCCUCAUUCUGCCGCCAUAACGAUGGACGGCCUUGAAAACUUGAGGGAAAUUGUGGUUGGAAAUUUGGAAGCUUUCUUCUCGGGUGAACCCCUCCUUACCCCGGUGCUCGAGGGUCAGUGACAAAACUCAUUAGCCAGAUGAAACUGUCAUCAGUCUGUGUUGUUGCUCCUCAGCUAACCAUAUCGCCAUUUCGUGGAGUAUAUAUAUAAUACACGUUUGAAAGGUGUGUAUGCUGUAACAGAGUUGGACCAA